GUGAGCGCGCGCGUAGGAUGAUGAUCGCGCGCGAGGCAGCGGCCUUUCAAAGUCUCUUCUCUCUUCUACGCACUAUCUACUACAAUGGCUCGUGGCGGUUACAAGGUCAAGCGGGGAGGUGGUCGUAGCAAACAUCUCGAGCUCGACGAGAACGGGACAGCCGUAUCCAAAGACAAAUGGGCCAGACGAGACAAGGACAUCGACGAAGACAGCGAGGAAGGGUCCGAGGAAGAGAAAGAGGAGUCGUCUGAAGAGGAGUCUGACGAAGCCCCUUCCUCCACACAGCCACAACAAGAGCUCACUCGAGGGGAUGAGGAUGAGGGCAGCGACCAAGAACCCAUCCUGGCCAAUCCUAACAUUGCUGCUGGGAAGAAGCUGAACAUCGCGGACCUUGGUUCAUCGCGAGAGCUCACUAGGCGUGAGAGGGAUGAGAAGGAGAAGAAGGAAGCUAAGGAGCGAUACUGGAAGUUGCACGAGCAAGGCAAGACUGAGGAAGCCAAGUCGGACCUCGCUCGUCUGGCCAAGAUCCGCGCCGAGCGUGAGGCUGCUCAGGCAAAGCGUAAGGCUGAGACCGAAGCCAAGGCUUCCGAGCUUGAGGCGAAGAAGCGAGAGGCGGCUUCCAAGGGCAAACGCAUAUAACGACAGUCCUUGUGGGAUCGGUUGUAGAAGGCACGUUCUAUCGCUGUUGUAUAUCAGAAGUCCAAGUGUUGUAUUACCACCUACUCGCUCCAAUCAUGCGCAAGUCAAAUUGCAUCCCCGGAACUGAAGCUGAGCCCAGGAGCUAAGCAGGACGACUCAAGGUGGCGACGGUUUUAAGUUGCCAUUGCUCACGACUCUCCAUCACCGCCGUCCCAUAAUCGGCCCGCCAGAUCGACGGUCGGACGCAGUCAGCCACCGAUGGUCGCGACCCACCCAGGUUGCCUUCGAGUGAGCCUACAGCCAGCCUCAGGUCAGCCCUCAUCCGUUCUGAAUUCAGCCCCCGUCAGCCCGAGGUCAUUGCCUGGUCAGCCUCUACU